AUGGCGGUGGUUGAUGAGGGUGCGAGGGAGAGGGAGGGAGAGCUCCAGCGGCAGCUCAAAGCGGCACUGGCCGAGAGGAAGACCAUGAGGCGGCAGAUCGAGAUGAUGGACAGCCAGAUCCAGCGGAUGCAGCACCAGCAGCAGUACACCCACACCCAUACCCGCCUGUCACCGGCUGACAGCGAGGCCAACACCACCGCCACACGUGCCAUCCCCUCCCCAGUGUCAGCAUCCGUCGACGGCAGGGCGAGUCGAUGGCUCUCGAUGAGGACGGAGCGAAGGCCACGGGCACCCAGAAGCUCUGCAGAUACCUCAGGAAGGUGCAGAAGGACCGAGAGCAAAGGCUGGUCAUCAAGCCGGCACUCGCCAGCGUCAAGGGCAGCCGCGAUGCCGUAAUCGAGGACGUCUUCUGGGGCGUUAAUUCCAACGAAGACGGCUUCACCGAGCGGGGCGACUUCGAGAGGUACUUUGUGCUGCGCAAUUCGGGUGGACGGUGGGCGAGAUGGCCGCCAUGUGGCAGUUCCUUGUCCGCUUCACACAGCCGCCAGCCGUCCGGCAAGCAGACUUCGAGGCCUUCAAAGUGGUAGGUUGCUGGUGAGCAACUGACCACCCAUUCCGCCAGACAGGCAGAGUGUCAUCAGUGUGUGUCUGUGUGUGUUCAGAAUGUCGACCCGUCAGAGGCGCUUCAGCGGAGCUGUGAGAGGAGAACGAGGCCCACAAGAGUGGAGUCGACCGCAGCACCAAGGAACUCACCGUCUCAAAGGAAGCCGCCAUCGCGCGAAAGCCCAACGACAGUGACCCCACUAGCGACGCUGCCCCAAAAGGUGAGCCAGGUUUCUGUCCCUCUGUCAGUGCCGUUUCAUUGCUUGUGUGUCACAUGUGUCCACAGGCGGCUCUCUGA